CAAUGAUAAUGUAUGGACAGUGUUUGGACGAGCUCGGACUGGAAAUGGGAAGGCUUAGUGUGCGGUGGGCUUUUGUAAAGUUUUAAAGAAUUUUUCCUUUUAUUUCAAUGUCAGCUGUAAAAACCGACGGCAUUAUUGUUGAGAUACAAGAAAUUUCACUACAAACUCAAAUUAUGACCAACACUUGCACUCAACUCUAGACGUCAUCAAAGCUACCGAUGUGCGCUUCCACUGAUUUCGUUUCCGAUCCGAUUCAGAGUAAAAGUCAGGCUGCUAUUGGCGAUACCGAUUCGAUGCUAUACUUUGCUAAUUCACCUAAUGUGGCUGGUAAAUUUUUAAAAGUAGUGUAUUUCAUAUCAUAGCAUAAAGAAUACAAGACAAGUUAUUAAGUAAUUUAAGUAAAUUAAAAUUGUAAUUUGAAUUAAAUAAUAAUCAAGUUACUAAUUAAUAAAUAAAAUUAUAUUAAUUUAAACAAAUUAUUUAUUUUUAAUCUCAAAGCAUAUUGAGGUAGUGGGGUGAUUUACAAGCUAAUAUACAACAAGAAAACAAAGCCGAAAAAAAAUCAUAUAAAAUAUGUGAAAAAAGUAUUUUAAACAAUAAAGAAAGAAAAUACCUAACACAAUAAAAUCAUUACAAUAAACGACCGUUCAUCAUUUCAACAGACAAAUGUUACAUAAUUAUCGCUUACGUCACCCAUGCAGAGGACGAAGAAGGAAGUGGAUGUUUGAAGGCGCAAGAAGAUCAAAGAGGCGAGAGAAAGCGACAAGGCAACAAAAGAGGAGGAAAACAAAAUGUAAAAAACAGGCAGAAAAUGUGGCUAAAAAGCAAGUUGAACACCGCGGCGUGUAUCCGUAACGCGGCACUUACAUACCACAACAGCACAUGUUGUGUUGCAUCAUCAUCUCCCCAAUGGAGCAGAGGAUCUGAGACAAGGUUAAAUUAACAUAGCGCAAAUCAGUGAGAUUAAGGUUAAUGUACCUCACUAAUAUAACAUUAUCCGGGUGGAGGGCUAGCUUUCUCUUAAUUAUGACUACUGUCGAAUACAUGGCAGUUAAUUACGAUGGUAACGCGACUUCUCACAGGAUUUAUUACGAUGGUAAGGUGACUUCUUACAGGGUUUAUUUCGUCUGCAAAAACACAGCGCUAGUAUCAGUAGCGGCUCAUUUCUAGCAGACAAUACUGUGUAAUGGAACAAGGAAGUGCGUGUCUCACUCACUUCACUCCAGGUGUCAUCAUUUUACUUUGAACACUGCAAAAACUCAGUAUCUUACAAAGAAUAUGUCUUAUUUCUAGUCAGCCUGUCUUAAGUUUCGGAUUUCUAAAAACACAGCCAUCAACAUAAUAUAUCUAAUUAAUUUUAGUAAUGUCUUAGUAAAGUAAUUAUUAUUUCUCUCAUUUUCCAGUAAAUAGUUACAGUCUGGGAUGGAUAAAUUCAUCUACAAAAGCAUCAUCAUUUAGUCCGUCCGACCCAAGAAAAUGCAGUUUGUUCCUAUGCACAAUGUCAAUUUAAGAAAUAAAAUGGUUGAUUAUCUAAAAAAAUACACAAAUUGGUCGCUCACUAAUUAGUGAAAUGUUUUAUUUUCUGUUGUGUAUUUAUAAAUGCUCUUUAACCAAGCAGAAAGGUUUUUUCCCGAUUACUCGAUUCAAACAUUUUUUAUAUGUUUUUUUGUAUGUUUUUUGUUAUGCUAUGAUUGUUAUCAAAGCGACACUGAAGACGCACUCAAGGUGGCUACUAGCUAGCUCUGUCGCCGCAUACGAGUGCAAGUGUAGCUAGCAUACAGCGUCAAUUGAUCUCCAGCUCCAUCGGCACCAUCACAGGUGUUCCGAUGUAAUUGUAUUUUACACAGUGAUGUGAAAAAGUGUUUGACCCCCAAGAGCGCACCGACGACUCAUCCAAGAGGUCACAAAAGACCCCACAACAACAUCCAAAGAACUGCAGGCCUCACUUGCCUCAGUUAUAAGGUCAGAGUUCAUGACUCCACCAUAAGAAGACACUGGGCAAAAAUGGCCUAUAUGGCAGAGUUCCAAGACCAAAACCACUGCUGAACAAAAGGGACAUUAAGGCUUGUCUCAAUUUUGCCAGAAAACAUCUUGAUGAUCCCCAAGACCUUUGGGAUAUGUGUGGAUAUACAGUAUACAGUCCUGAUCAAAAUCUUAAGACCAGUUGAAAAAUUGCUAGAAUUUGCAUUUUGCACAUUUGGAUCAUAUUGAGGUUUUAAGUAGAGCUACAAUAUGCAAAAACAAGAAGGGGGAGUGAGACAAAAAGCACUUUGAAAAAGUAAUUUAUUGAAAACAACAAUUAAACUGAAAUGGGCUGUUUAUCAGCUGAUCAAAAGUUCAAGACCAUCGCUCAAAAAAUAACAAACUCUCCAAACCAGCCGUUUGAUGUCCCUGCACCACCUGAAGCUCCAGUGUUCCACUGAAUGAAAAAGCACCCUAGAUCAUGAUGGACCCCCCCUCCACUGUGCCGGGUAGAAAACAUCUCAGGUGGGAUCUCCUUGUCAUGCCAGUAACGUUGGAAGCCAUCUGGACCAUCAAGGUUACAUUUUUUCUCAUCAGAGAAUACAACUUCUUUCCACCUUUCAAUGUCCCAUGUUUGAUGCUCCCUGGCAAAGUCUAAAUGGGCAGUUUUGUGGCGUUGAAGGAGACAAGGUCUUUGAAUUCAUUUUUUUUUUUAAACCCUUUUCCCGCAGAUGGCGUCUGAUGGUUAUUGCGCUGCAGUCGGCACCAGCACUACCACUGGUGACUGUGGUGGUUGGAAGUCCUUCAAUUGGUGGCGAUACUGUCAUUGUCACGGCCUCCGAGCAUGCUGAUGAACCAAGGAGGGUGGACUUGAGUCUGCCAAAUGAAGGAUCCAAAUUGUCUCCAUGGGCGCCACAUUGGGCAAACUAUGUAAGGGGCGUUAUACAUCAUUAUAGGGCUCGUCCUCUCCCAGGUUUCAGAGCUGUGGUGGUCAGCAGUGUUCCAUUGGGAGGAGGUCUGUCAAGCUCCGCCUCCCUUGAAGUGGCCUUUUACACAUUCCUGCAGCAACUUAGACCAGAUGAUGGAGACAAAAUAGCCAAAGCAGUAGCAUGUCAGCAGGCUGAACACACUCAUGCCCGUGUACCGUGUGGUAUUAUGGAUCAGUUUGUGUCUGUUCUGGGAACGGAGGGCCAUGCUUUGCUCAUUGACUGCAGGUCACUGGAGGCCAUUCCUGUUCCCUUAGCAGAUCCAGAGCUUGUCAUUCUCAUCACCAACUCCAAUGUCAAACAUUCUUUGGCAAGUAGUGAGUACGCCGUGCGACGCAGACAGUGUGAGGAGGCGGCCUCCAUCUUGGGAAAAAAGAGUCUAAGAGAUGCCACCAUGAAGGACCUGGAAGGGUCAAGAGAUAAACUAGAUGAUGUGACCUAUCGAAGAGCUCGUCAUGUGAUUGCGGAGAUCCACAGAACUGUCAAAGCUGCUGAAGCCUUGAAAAAAGGUGCCUACCAAGACUUUGGCCAGCUCAUGGUGGAGAGCCACAACUCCCUCAGGUAUAAAGCCAUUUCUAAAGCUCUGGGACUCCACCGAACCACAGUGAGAGCCAUUAUCCACAAAUGGCGAAAACAUGGAACAGUGUUGAACCUUCCCAGGAGGGGUCGGCCAACCAAAAUGACCCCAAGAGCGCAGCAACGACUCAUUCAAGAGGUCACAAAAGACCCCACAACAACAUCAAAGAACUUCAGGCCUCACUUGCCUCAGUUAAGGACCUGGAAGACUUGCUGUGAUAAAUGGAACCAUGAAUUCUGCUGUCUACCGAAAAAUCUUGAAGGAGAAUGUCCGGCCAUCUGUUGGUGACCUCAAGCUGAAACCAACUUGGGUUCUGCAGCAGGACAAUGAUCCAAAACACACCAGCAAGUCCACCUCUGAAUGGCUGAAGAAAAACAGAAUGAAGACUUUGGAGCGGCCUAGUCAAAGUCCUGACCUGAAUCCUAUUGAGAUGCUGUGACAUGACCUUAAAAAGGCGCUUCAUGCUGGAAAACCCUCCAAUGUGGCUGAAUGACAACAAUUCUGCAAACAAUUCACACAGGGACAUGUAGGUUUGGAUUUUUUUUCUCCCUUAAUAAUAAAAAGUUUAAGAACUGCAUUUUGUGUUCAGUUGUGUUGUCAUUGACUAAUAUUUACAUUUGUUUGAUGAUCUGAAACAUGUACUGUAAGUGUGACAAACAUGCAAAAAAAAAAAAAGGGGGGGGGGGG